GGUGAACUUUGUCACAAAUCACACAGAGCCGCGUUAUUCCGCCUCCUCUGCUUCUUCUCCACUGACACACAGGGAGGCAUAACACACAGAUGAAUCCUGCAUAGUGUGCUCUGCAAAAUGUAUAUCUUGUUCACCGUGUUCGCCGGACUGGCUAUCUUGUCCCUCGCUUUUCUAAAAUCACUUUUUCCUUACUUUGUCGAGGACUUAACCUACAUCCUGAGGAGCCUCAAACUCGGCGCCAGGCUCUUCAAAUACAAGAAAAUCAAACCUUUCUACAGCAUCGUGGACUGUUUCUUAGAUGCAGCAAAGAGGCAUCCUAAUAAAACCUUCCUGCACUUUGAGGGUCAACAGUAUUCUUAUGGAGAGGUGGAUAAACAGAGCAACAAGGUGGCCAGAGCGCUGCAGGCUGAAGCUGGACUGAAGGCAGGAGACACGGUCGCCUUGUUUCUCGCAAACGAGCCCAGUUAUGUGUGGACCUGGCUCGGUUUGGGCAAGCUCGGCUGCCCGGCUGCUCUGCUCAACUUUAACAUCAGGUCGAAGUCUCUGCUGCACUGUUUCUCCUGCUGCGGGGCCAAAGUUAUCAUCGUGUCUCCAGAGCUGCUGGAUGCUGUGGAGGAGGUUUUACCGACACUGAGAGAGCAGGACAUCAGCGUGUUCGUCCUGUCGGAGUCCUGCCGUAUCCAGGGCAUCAAUGCUUUGUCUGAGAAGAUCUCGCAGGCAUCAGAUCAGCCGCUGCCUCGGGACCUCAGAGCCAACAUCACCAUCAGGAGCACGGCGCUGUACAUCUACACUUCAGGAACAACAGGUUUACCUAAAGCAGCUGUUGUUACCCAUGAGAGAAUUUGGGCGGCCUCCUUCCUCCAGGCAGCGGUUGGAGUCACUGCAGAGGACAUCUUCUACAUCAAUCUGCCUCUGUACCACAGUGCAGGCUUCCUCAUUGGGAUGGUUGGAGGCAUCGAGAGAGGUAUGACCAUUUUCCUGAGGAGAAAGUUCUCGGCCUCUCAGUUCUGGGACGACUGCAGGAAAUAUAAUGUGACUGUAAUGCAGUACAUCGGGGAAACAAUGCGCUACCUCUGUAACACACCCCAGAAAGACAAUGACAAGAACCACAAAGUGAGGAUCGCCAUUGGAAAUGGAGUCCGCACAGACAUAUGGUCAGAGUUUCUGGAUCGCUUCGGAGACAUAAAAGUCAAAGAGUUGUACGCUGCCACUGAAGGAAACAUCGGCUUCAUCAACUACACAUCCAAGAUCGGUGCAGUGGGCAGAGUCAACUUUGUUCACAGGUUUUUCUUCCCUUACACCCUGAUCAAGUUUGACAUCGAGAAGGAGGAGCCCGUCAGGAACUCUGAGGGUCUGUGCAUCGAGGCAGCCAGAGGUGAGACGGGACUCUUGGUGGGAAAGGUCACGCAGAGAUCUCCCUUCGUUGGCUACGCUGGCAACAAGCAUCAGACCGAGAAGAAGAGGCUCAGAGACGUGUUGAAAAAAGGCGACCUGUACUUCAACUCCGGAGACUUACUUCGGUUUGAUCACGAGAACUUUGUGUAUUUUCAGGAUCGAGUUGGUGACACUUUCAGAUGGAAAGGAGAGAAUGUCGCCACAUCUGAGGUUGCAGAUAUUCUCACCUUGGCUCAAUGCAUGUUGGAGGCAAACGUCUAUGGAGUCAAAGUUGAAGGUCACGAGGGGCGGAUCGGCAUGGCAGCUGCCACUUUGAAAGAAGGAGAAGAUUUUGACUGUUUAGACGCCUACAAACAAGUCACCACCUACCUCCCAGCGUACGCCAGACCUAGAUUCAUCAGGAUUCAGCCUUGCCUGGAGUUGACGGGGACGUUCAAGAUGAAGAAAGUGAAGCUGGUGGAGGAGGGAUUCAACCCAGAUCACAUCAAAGAUCCUCUAUACUUUUUAGAUCCUGAGAAAAAGACGUACGUUCCAAUGACUGAAGAGAUCUACAGAGCGAUCGCUGCAAGAGAAAUCAAACUCUAACACUGAACUUAAAGCAGUACAGCUCCACCAGAGGACUCGCUUUUGUAAAAAGCAGCAACUCAUUUAAAGGCACUAUGAGGAGUUUUUAACUGGCUGAGAAACAGGCUGAAACUGAUACUGAUGCCUCUUUAUGACCCUCAAAAGCAAACGAGACCAUCUACAACAAUACUGAUACCUUCUCUGUUGUCAUUUUAAUGUCUAAAACUGCUCUAAGGGGGUAGGUGUCAGAACAGAUGAUUGACAACUCGCUUAAGAAACACCCUUUUUUUGGCUGUUUUCAUUGCAAAUAAUCACAUUGUAAGAUAAGUCUAAAAGUUAAAAGACAACAGGAUGAGGUAAUUGUCUGGAGACAAUUAUUUUGCAUGUACAGGACAAGAGAUAAGAGGUAUCACUUUGUCCACAAGGGGGCGCCAGAAUCGAUACAAGCUAAAAGUUCCUCACAGCAGCUUUAAGGAACUUUUUUUUAUCUUCUUUUAAAUUCUGAUGAGCAUGAGAUAACCAGCACCAGUGGGUAAGCAUCAAACACAACAGAACACAGAGUGUCCUCAUCUUCACAUCCCCUCUCUGCAACCUUUAUGUCCAGAUAGACAAAACUUCAAUAAAUAAGAUAAGAAGAUUACAACAAAAAUGUCACCCACAUGUUUACACACACACGUGCUGUACAAGUGAAUAGUUCGACCACAUGACAAAAGCAAACAACGACAGAGUUGUAUCGGUAUCUGUGGCAGCUCAGGGCCGGGAAUCACUGAACUUUACUUUACAUUACACGGUUUUCCACGAAGAAAAAUGGAACCAAAGGUCUUUUCUAGUUUUUCUAGUCUUUUAUUGGGUUUUUUUUUUUAUCCUUUUCCAACUCUCUUUCUAUUUGUUUAAGAACAACUUAACAGAUGGAGGGCUUUCUUUGUUUUCAAAAUGGAAGGAUGAAUCUCUUAGAAGUUUUUAAUUCUCUGCUCGUUUAAAUUUGAUUUCACUGAAUAUUAGGCGUAACGUUUAAUAAGUCUAAAGAAAAGUUUGAGAUCAGAAUUCACUUCCAAAACGUACUCAAUGGACCAUUGAUAGAGUGGACCAUUUAUAAUAAAGUAGUUAUUUGAUUGAUUAGCUAAAUGUGAUUUGGCAUUUAUGUCUAAGUUUUCUAAAAACCCUGAUUUCUAUAGAAAAGGACUGAAUAAUGUUUGUUUCAUAAAUUAGAGGCAGCCAUUAGAUUUGUUAAAAUAAUCUUAUAAUCUAAAUUAACUAUAAAUUGUUUUAUUAUUCUGGAUAAAUGUGACACUGAAUUUUCUAGAUCAAGUUAUGUCAUCUGCAUAGAGGGAUAUUUUGAGAUUAAUUUGUUGAAUUUUCGGUCCGUAAAUUAAGUUUUUAACUCAGAAGACCAAUAGAUAGAAAAUUUUAAAAAAGCAAACACAACAACAUCCUGGUCUUAUUGAUUUCUCCUUAAAAGGUUUAUUUUAUUGUGUACCAACUGUGUAAAAGAGCCGCCCUGAUCUCUUUUUGAUGAGGGCUAGUGAAUUAUUUUUGGAUAACUUUGGUAACCUUUUUUUCUUAUUUCUUCCUUAUGAUUUUUUUUUUUUUUAUUACCACACCCUGAAAGCUUUUUUCUGAGAUAUUUCACAUUUGUUUUAUCUUUUCAAAUAACAAUAUUAUUGAUUUUUCAGCAUAGCUCUGGAUGAAAUUAAUAGACAUCACAAAAUAAUCUCUAUCCAAAGAGUUUUAUAAAUUCAGCAGUUUUUUAUCAUGUGGAUAUUUUUGGGGGGAUAAGUGAAAAAAACAAAAGACAGGAAUUGGCUGGGUAUGUCCGUUUCAUAAAAAUCAUGAUGUCAUGGUCAACAGUAUUACAUAAUGAAUAUAAAUACACUGUUUUAAUCAGAUAUAGUAGACCUUGACAAAACAGGAACACAAGGUUUUGUUUUUUGAUGAAGAAAAUCUUUGUUAUAAUUUUGCUGAAUUUCAAAUGCAAAGUUGAAUAUUUAUUAUAUGCAAGAAAUCCAUUCUUCAAAAAUCCCCAUCUAUCGCUCUGAUUGUCUUUGACCUUUAUGGAAGAGAUGUUUGGUGUCUAUGAAUAAAACAUGAAGUGAAGGCAGACUUUUGUUUGAGGACCUUUUUAACAUUCAGCUUAUCUCAGGUAUAGACUCACUGUGAAACAUUACAUCCGGUCACUUUUUUAUUAACAUGUCUACAGUGUUUUGUAAAUGUUUAACACGAUGCAGACAGUGUGUAAUAUAUAGAUGUGUUUCACUCACUGUUUAAACAAAUAAACUGGUUUCUUUAAA